AUGUCCGUAGCUCGGCUUCCUGCCGAGAGCUCCAAUCUAAAGCCUAAAAGGGCCAGGGUGGAAAUCCGACCGGUUCUGGGCUUUUUGGACGAAGACAAGAUCAGAAUCAUCCAACCUCAUGAUGAUGCUCUGGUGUUCACAUUUAGAAUAGAAGGGUACGAUGUAAAGAGAGUGUUAGUAGACCAGGGUAACGCUGUCGUGGUCAUGUACCCUGACCUGUACAAGGGGUUGGGAUUGAAACCCGAGGACCUGACAACCUACAAUUCCCCUCUGAUUAGUUUCGAGGGGAAGACUGUUAUUCCAAAGGGCCAGAUUAGACUACCCAUACAGACUGGUUCAGAGGUGGUGGAAGUGAACUUCAUCAUGGUGGAUGCCUACUCCCCCUACACGGCUAUUGUGGCCAAGCCCUGGCUCCAUGCUCUAGAAGCCAUUUCAUCCACCCUGCACCAAAAAGUGAAUACCCCUCGGGGGGCCGUGUUGAAGAGAUUGUGGGGGACCAACCUGUGGCUCGGCAAUGCCUUGUGGCCGCCAUCUCACGGCAGCACGAAGCUAGUUCCUCGACCACCGCCGAAAGGGGCUUAUAGCAAUCAAAAACUCUAG